UCAAGGUACAGAAAUGCAGAGGCCAAGAAUGAGCUGUUCAGCCGCUGGUCCCGCAAGUCGGUCGCAGAACUGAGCCGCAUCCAGGGCCAGUGGGAGUUCCUGGAACGCAUGCUCCAAGAGCACAGGGACAUUGUUUCCCGCCAGGUGGACAUCCUCAGGGCCAACAUGGCCGCCAAGCUGCAGAACUUUGAGCUGGACCAGGAGCGCUUUGCGGCGCGCUGGCGCCACUUGCGGCCGGGGGCCCAGAUGGCGGACCUGACCGGGGACGCCGUGGGCAAGACCACGGGCACCCUGAAGCAGCUCAGGGUGGAGCUCGACUCCCUGCUCAAGACCAAAGAGGCCCUCUUGGCCGAAGUUGUCCAGCUGGGCCUCGCCGAGCCCGACCUGUCCGUCCUGGCCGACAUAGAGGCGGAGCUCAGGGAGGCCGAAGCGGUCUGGUUCCUCUAUGAGGAGUUCCAGAACCAGCUUUCGGAACUCGCUCGGGAGGAAUGGAUCCUCAUCAGGGGCAAGUUGCACAAGUUUGAGAACUUCCUCGGUGAUUGGGCACGCAAGAUCAAGGAAGGCAGCGAAGCCACCACUGUGACGGCGGCGUUGCACCGGGAGAUCGACGCUCACAAGGACCUGAUGGCAGUUCUCAAGUACUGCCGGGGGGAGGUCUUCUCACCGCAACACUGGGGGGAGUUUUUCCAAAUUACCGGUAUUGCAACGGCACCCGUGGAAAAGCUGCUGUUUGCCGACAUCCUCGAGGCAAGGACUCAAAUACUCGACAGGAAGCAUCAACUCAAGGACCUGAACAGCAGGGCGCAGGGCGAAGUGACGAUCCGUGAGGUGCUGAACGAGCUGGAUGUCUGGGGAGGGAGUGCUCGUUUCUCUCUCAUCGAGCACUGUGAUUCGCUCGGUAACGACCUCACAAUCGUCAAGGAGUGGACGGAAGUCCUGGGAAAGGUCGGGGAGCUCCAGUGCAUGGUGCAGUCUCUGAAGGACUCUGCCUACUACCAGCGGUUCUCUGACCGUGCUGCCAUCUGGGAGCAGCGGCUGAGCUUCCUGGACCAGGCACUGCACGGCCUGAGCCAGAUCCAACGCAAGUGGCUCUACCUGGAGCCCAUUCUCGGAAGGGGGGCACUGCCCUCCGAGUCGGCACGCUUCCAAAACAUCAGCGACGACUUCAGGUUUGUGAUGGCGGGGAUUGCACGUGACGACCGCAUCCUGCUCUUGACCAACGUGACGGGCUUGCUGGCAACUCUGAGCGGCCUGACAGAUCAGCUGGCUCGGUGCCAGAGGGCGCUCAACCAGUACCUGGAGCUGAAGCGCUCCGGGUUCCCACGCUUCUACUUCCUGGGGGAUGAGGACCUGCUGGAGAUCCUGGGCCAGGCCACCAAGCCCCCCGUGAUCCAGUCCCACCUGAGGAAGCUCUUUGCCGGCAUACACAGCGUUCAGUUUGGCCAUGGGGAGCACCAGGUGGUCGCCAUGGUCUCCCUGGACGGGGAGGUUGUGCCCCUGGCGAGUCCCGUCGCCAUCACGGCCGAGGUGGAGGUGUGGCUGAAUGACCUGGCAGUCCAGAUGAAGGAAACCCUUCAGCAGCUGCUGACGGACUGUCUGAACGCACGCAAGAAGGGCUCUGCUGAAGGACAGGAUCCAUCUCAGUACCCGUCCCAGAUCUUGUGCCUCGCGGAGUGGGUUCGUUUCACGGAGGCCUGCGAGGAAGCCAUCGAGCGGGGCACCCUGCCACGUCUCUCGGAGGACGUGGAGAGGCAGCUGGAACACUACACGGGCGUGGAGCUGGAAAGCAACCCUGUGCUGGAGCUGAAGCUGAAGGCCCUGGUGCUGGACAGCGUCCACAGGAUCAGCAUCAUCGAGGAACUUCAAGAGUACCGAACCUCCAAGGUCACGGACUGGCACUGGCAGAAGCAGCUGAGGUUCUACAUCCAGAACGGACUGGCCGUAGUGAAGAUGGUGGACGCCACGUUUGAGUACUCGUACGAGUACCAGGGCAACGCACCCAAGCUGGUACACACUCCUCUGACCGACAAGUGCUUCAUCAGCCUCACCCAAGGAAUGCGCAUGGGUGUUGGCGGCAACCCCUACGGCCCCGCGGGUACGGGCAAGACUGAGUCGGUGAAGGCCCUUGGCAAUGCAAUGGGUCGACAGGUGCUGGUCUUCAACUGCGACGAGGGCAUCGACGUGCGCUCCAUGAAGCGCAUCUUCGUCGGCCUGGUCAAGUGCGGAGCCUGGGGCUGCUUUGACGAGUUCAACCGGCUGGAGGAGUCCGUGCUGUCCGCCCUGUCGGUCCAGAUUCAGAAGAUCCAGCUGGCCCUCAAGGAGAGGGCGCCACACGUCGACCUCCUCGACAAACAGGUUGAGGUGGACCCCAAUGCGGGCAUCUUCAUCACCAUGAACCCCGUGGGCAAGGGCUACGGGGGGCGCCAGAAGCUGCCGGACAACUUGAAGCAGCUCUUCCGCCCCGUGGCCAUGUCUCGGCCGGACAACGACACCAUUGCCCGGGUGCUGCUCUUCUCCGAGGGCUUCAGGCACUCGCGACCGCUCGGCUCCAAACUGGUCGCCAUCUUCGACCUGGCCAGGGAACUGCUGAUGCCGCAGCAGCACUAUGACUGGGGGCUGAGAGCUCUCAAGAGUGUCCUGCAAGCCUGUGGGAGGCUGCUGAAAAGUGCCAGGGAUUCUGCUCCUCUCGAGUUGGACAGGGAGUAUUGGGAGAGCGGCCUGGUGGUGCAGGCGGUGCGUCUCAACACCCUUCCCAAGCUGGCCUUCGGGGACUGCCAGCAGUUCGACGCCCUCGUCCGAGACGUCUUCCCGGACGUCCAGCUGCGGGAGUUUCGGGACGCCGACACGGUGGCCGCCAUUGGAGAGGCCUACAAGGAGCUCGGGCUGGUUCCAAACGACAUGCAGGUGCACAAGGUACUUGAGCUGAAGGAACAACUCAGCCAGAGGAUGGGGGUGGUGCUGGUGGGACCCAGCGGCUCGGGGAAGACCACCCUGUGCAGGCUCCUGCUGCACGCCCUCAGGCACGCCGGCGAGGUCGUCCAUACACACACCUUGAACCCCAAGGCCAUGCCCAGGCAGCAGCUCCUUGGCCACAUCGACGUCGACACGCGGGAGUGGCAUGACGGCGUGCUGACGGCGAGCGCACGCCAAGUCAUCAAGGAGCCUCUCGGUGUCCGUUCGUGGAUCAUCUGUGACGGAGACAUUGACCCCGAGUGGAUUGAGUCGCUCAACUCGGUGCUGGACGACAACCACCUGCUCACCAUGCCGUCCGGGGAACGCAUCCAGUUUGGGCCCGACGUCAACUUCCUGUUCGAGACACACGACCUCGGAUGUGCCUCCCCGGCCACCAUAUCCCGCAUGGGGAUGAUAUUCCUCAGCCCUGAGAAUGUUGAAGUGACGGCUGUGGUCUCUUCCUGGCUUCAAGAGCAGACCGAGGAGGCCCGCAGAGUCCUCUCCGGUCUCCUCGACGACUACUUCUACCGAGCCCUCCAGUGGGUGGUGCAGUUGAAUGAGUUCUGCGUCGAGACGACCAUUUUGGGAGUGGUCAGGUCUGGCCUGUCGUACCUGGCCGAUGUCAGGUCCAGGACGCAGUUUGCGCUGGCACUUGUAAGAGGAAUUGCAGCUAACCUCAACAAGAUGGCAAGAGAGAAGUGUGCACGGGAGAUCUUCUCUUGGAUGGGAGUGAUUGCUCCGGAUCCAAACCAUGCAUUUGAUUCCUGCUACAACAGCAAGAGAGACAGACUGGACAGGUACAAUCCUCAGGAGUCGGUCGAGGUGAGUCUGUCUGCGCUGGCCGGCCCGUCUCCUCCCGUGGUGGAGACGGUGGACGUGCUGCGGUCGGCCGACCUCAUCCUGCCCUGGCUGUCUUCGGGCGUGGAGCCCCUGCUUGUCGUCGGUCCCGAAGGCUGUGGGAAGAGUGUAGAUUAUUUGGUGCCUGUAACCCUACCAUUGCCUGUGGAUUGCAGCCUCUUGCUGAGCCACUGCCUCCAACAGCUGCACUCGGUGGAAGUGGCUGCGGUGCACUGCUGCGCGCAGACGACCGCGUCGCAGCUGCUGCACAAGCUAAGGCAGUGCUGCGUCGCCGUGACGACCGGCAGGGGGCGGAGCCUGCGCCCCAGGGAGGCGGACAAGCUGGUGCUCUUCCUCAGGGACCUGAACCUGGUGAAGCCGGACAAGUGGGGCACCUGCCAGCUGGUGGCCUGGCUGCAGCAGGUGGUAAGCUACCGUGGCUUCUACGACCAAGACCUGGACUGGGUGGGGCUGGAAAGGAUCCAGAUUGUGGCCACCAUGAGCUCGGGCAGCUCCCUGGGCAAGCACCGCCUGUCCACUCGCUUCACUUCCCUCGCCCGCAUCCUGGCACUGCAGUACCCUGAGAAGGAGCAGCUGGUGAGGGUGUACAGUGCAUACCUACGUCCCGUGAUGGUGCACCUUGCCGGGAAGCCCUCGGACUGGAGCUCUCCUCCGAAGCUGGACACCCUCGCUGCGUCCAUGGUGCUGUUGCUCGAGCAGAUGCAAUCCAAGUUCUCGGUGGAUGACCAGAGCCACUACGUGUUCACCCCGAAGACGCUGACCGAGUGGACGCGGGGUCUGCUGCGGUACUCCACCGCGGGGUCCCCCUCUGUGCUCGAGCCCUGGGUCUACGAGGGCUGUCGUCUGCUGCGAGACCGCCUGGCGGACGACGAGGCAAGGGCGCGCUUCGACGCCAUUCUGUCGGGCAUCCUUCGCUCGGACUGGGGAGAUUCUUCUGCCUUGGAGCAGGCGAAAGGCUGCUUCUACGUGUCGCAAGGUGGCGCUUUCUCCAGCCACGCAUCUGAGCUGGGACGCUCACUGUCUAGGCUCGAGCGCUCCGACUGGGAAGGCAUCGUUCGGAAAGCAGUGAGCACAUACGGUCACGAAGUCCAGGAGGUUGGCAACACGGUGCUCUUCCUGGAGGUCCUGGAGUUGUGUGCACGCAUCGACAGGGUGCUGUCGUGUCCGCGUGGCUCCCUCCUGCUCGCCGGCGUUGCCGGGAUGGGGCGCAGAAUGGCCGCCUCGGUGGUGGCACACAUGCACGGCGUGGCCACCUUCACUCCCAAGAUGACCCUCAACUAUGCAACCAGGAACCUCAUGGCAGACCUCAAGGCGAUUGUGCAGGCAUCCGGUAUUGAGAACCAGCAGAUGCUUCUACUCCUGGAGGACCAUCAGUUGUUCGAUCCAGAGUCCCUGGAGAUCGUCAAUGGCCUGCUGGCAACGGGCGAGGUGCCGGGUCUCUUCCGCCAAGAGGAGCUAGAGCCACUGUUGGCUCCUCUGCGCGACCAGGCCGCCGAAGAGGGCUACAGGGGUUCGGCACUUAGCUACUUCUGCCACCGUAUGGUUUGCUCAAGUUGA